AUGCCUCCGAAACCUCCCAAAGAGAUCGGAAAUGGCCGUUUCGAAGUUCAAAAAGCACUUGGCGCCGGAUGCUUUGGCCAAGUCUGGAAAGGUAUUGAAAAGAGUAGUGGAGAAACCGUCGCCAUAAAGUUCGAGGACAACCAAGCGAAAGGUGCUCCGAACCAGCUGAAGACGGAAUAUGACACGUUGCGGAUUAUCAGCGCCGCGAACGAGAAUGCCCAGGGCUUCUCCAAGCCAUUUUGGUUCGGGGUGGAGGGCCGCUUCAGCUGUCUAGCGAUGGAGCUGCUCGGCCGGUCCUUAGAGGACCGAAUGCAGCAGUGCGGCAAGAAACUCACGCCGCAAUCUUGCGUGCUGAUCGUCGAUCAGAUCCUUCGGCGUUUGGAGUUUCUCCAUUCCCUCGGCCUCAUUCACCGAGACAUCAAGCCUGAGAACUUCAUGUUUGGUGUUGGCCGCAAGGUCCAUGUUCUGUACCUCAUCGACUUCGGCCUCGGCCGAAGGUACUGGCGAGACAAGCAGCAUGCACCGCCGAGGGCGCUCCAGAGCCUCACUGGGACGGCGCGGUAUGCAUCCAUCAAUGCGCACAAAGAUCAACUCCAGCGGCUUCGAUUUCCUAUCAUCGUGCUUGGUGUUCUGGGUGUUUGUACUUCUCAGCCAGAGCUCAUUCAGAAGUGCUUCCUCAAUCAAGCGAUGAGCUCCAGAGCCAUGGCCGUGGGAUCCAUUCGGAUGCAGAGAGCUCUGGGUGCACGUGCCGCACGGGCUGCCCUGACAGCCGUGACAGCCAUGGCUGUGCUGACGGAGGACAAGCUGGGAAUUCUGAAUCUCGGCCCAGGCUUUUGUGUUUUUUCAUUCCUGAGCAGCGACCCCGCAGUUCCCAAGAGAAAGUAUCGCUUUUUCUGUCAGAAGGGAUGUGUGACAAAGUGCUGGGUGAUCCAGGUGGCCUUUGAAGGGCAUGCCGCAGCCAUUCCUCCGCCCAAGGGAGGAGGGGACGGUGGCGAUGAGGAAGAUAAGCAGCCGAAGAUCGAGCUGGGUUCUGUGGAAGAGGCGGCAGAGAAAGUGAGCCGGACGAGUGAGGCGGUCAACGACCUCACUCGGCAAGCCAGCUUCGAGUUUCGGAAGAUCUUUGGAUUCGACUUGCUGCCCACCCUGGCGGUGCUAUUUGUCGCAUGGAUUCUUAUUGAUUAUGUUCUGAAAAACACGACCUUCGGCAUGGAGCAGAGCCGCCGAGACGAUCUUGAGGCGGUUGGGCACAUGAUUUUCUACUUCCUGCGCGGCUCGCUGCCCUGGUCGGGUCUCGAGGCCAAGUCACAGGAGGAGAAGUACAGGAAGAUUCGCGAGGUGAAGGAGACGUUCCCCAUUGAGCAGCUUUGCGAGGGACACCCGCAGCACUUCGCCAAGUACUUGGAGCAAGCUCGGAAUCUGAAGUAUACCGAACGACCAGACUACGCCGGCAUGAGGAAAAUGUUCGCGUCGCUGAGGGCCGAGAUCGGGCCUAGCGAGGAUCACGACUUCGAGUUCCUGCGUGGGAAAGAUACUGGUCCAGAAGGCGGCAUCUGGUCAAAGUUCCUGCUGCGCGAUCUCCUGAAACUGGGAAAGACACCCAAGCACACACCAGAUGAGCGGGGCGGGGUAAGUUACGGGACCAACGUUGCUUGGAUCCCCUUGUCUGGCCGAAGCGCCACGGGACACGCAGAGGAAGCUCUCUGCGCGUGUUUCACCUCCGACCUAUCCAUGGCUUCACAGGGCCUAUUGCAACGGCUUGGCCGAGUCGGGGAAUGGUCCCGGGUCACUCUCAGGUUCCGAAUGCCUGAGGUCAUCAAUCCGCGAGCAGUUGCAGCUUGCAGUUGUGGAUUGGCCGAGAUUUGGAUCACCUCUUCGGUCAAGUCUCUUGACAUCUUCGUGAGCUGGCUAUCCUCCCCACGAGACACGGUAGGCCUGCAGCAGUGGCGAUUUAACCAACGGCGGGGUCCGCUCUUCGAAGCGUGCAUGCCACACUGGCUGGAGCUUCAGGUCCUCAGGGGCGCGUCGGCGGUUCAGAUCCGCGAGGCAUUCCGGCGACGAGCUCUUCUGACACAUCCAGACAAGGGCGGACGUCCGGAGGAGUUUCAUGGUGUUGUCGCCGCCUUUGAGAUCCUCAGCGAUGGAUCGCGGCGGGCCGCGUACGAUCAGGAGCUUGAGGAAAGCGGCAACUUCGACGGUCUCAGUGAGGUUGGUCGACCUAUGCCUGGCCCGGAUGAGGAGGAUCCGACAACACGGGCGCUGGCAGAGAAGAUUGAGACCUUCCGCGCCAUGCGCAUUGUGCUCCACAUGCUUUUGUCGGAGAAGCUGCAGAAUGUCAACGAGCAGUUGAAAAAGCAGAGUUCCGACGUGCUGCGAGCCAUGGUGCAAUGGCUUCUUUGCUCUUGCUCGCGGAGUUCUAACACUUUCGAGAGCGACGGCGGCAAGGAUGGCGACGUCUCCAAGAAUCACGUUUUGGAGCCGAAGCUAGCUGGAAUCUACAGAGAAAAGACAGGAGGGAACGGCUACUACGUCUACAUGCACUGGUCCACCGUCAAGUGCCGAACCCAAAAGACGAACUCUUUGACAGAAGCAGUGGAUUGGCACAUCACGUUGACGCAGCUGAAGGCAACGUCCCAAGCGCGAAUGCGGCAAUCCGAGGAGGACUGCAUCGAUCUCAUGAAGGUCCCGCCCCUGACCGAAGAGGAGGUCGCACUGGCUUACCAGGCGGCUGCCGCGUCUUGCUGGGAGUUGGGAACGGAGCCGCGCAGUGCCGCCCAGGCUAGCCCAACUGUGCGGCUCUCCUUCAGCUGCAUCUUAACUUCUGGACGGCCACGGAGCUUCCUAGGUGUUGCCAUGCACCACGGACAUCGGUCGUUUUUCUUUGAGAGCUUCGUCGCCGGCGAUGCAAGGCUCAAGGGCCUGGAGCCCCAUGCUUCGCAACGGCUCUGGGAUGCAGAUGCCUCGGACGCGAUGCAGGAGACGGUCGUCUCUGUCGCCCGGUGGCUUUCCAGUCGCAGGCUCCGCCUUGUGAGCGACUUUCAGUUCGAUUAUGUUCAGUUUGACAUGCAGUGGUCUGGGGUCCUUCGCGGCAUAAGCAAGCUCGAACGGGACCUGCGCAGCCGGCUUGCAGAGAUCGACGCCAAGUUGCAGGACGUCCAUGCGCUGGUCCGGCGAGUGGAGAGCUCCCCGUCUGGCCCUUCCGGCCCGUCCGUGCGCUUGGAGCCAGGCAUCGUUCCCGCGAAGGUCUCGACGGCGGCCGUUCAAACCAAGCACCUGGCACUCUGGAACUUCUUUGAAGAUCCCAUGAGCAGCCAGGCUGCGCGCUGGUACGGGCGACUGUAUGCGCCCUUCGUCCUGACAUCAGUGACUUGCAAUCUCAUGGAGUCCUCCUACAAAGCACCGGCCUUCAUGCCGCAUGUGGUUGUGGUUCAGCUCGUGCUCGACAUCAUCUUUCUCUUGGACCUCAUGCUCAGAUACAAGAUGAGCUGGAGCACCUGGCGCUUCCUGCGCCACUUGGAAUUGAAUCAAGACUCCGGGUGCUGGCCUGGGCAAAACAUGAUGCUGGCUCGAAGGGUAACUGUCUGA